AUGAGCUACGCUUCAUCCAACAAAGCAAACGCCAAAGUUCCUACUAAAACACAAACUUUCCCAGAUAACGAUCCACCGUCCCCCGGCGUCGGCAGAAUUGAGAGCCCGUCUCUAUCUCCAACGUCUCAGACAUCCGAUAGGGGCGGGACCCGGCCGGUAAAAUCAUUAUUGGAACCUAUUACCAGAGGCACUAAUCAUACGGCAAACUCAAACAACUCAUCUGGGGGUAAUUACGGCGUGGAGAACAAAGAUGUAAUGAAGUGGUUGGAAAGACAAUCUGACAGGCUCAUCCUAGAGGACAAUGAAGAACCAUCGGACGACGGAAGUGGAUUGACGGAGCCGGCCAUAGAUAAGGUCACUGAUGCAGGCGACGGCAACUUUGGAUAUCCGGAUGCUCGUGACAGAAUUGAUGAGACCAGAAAAGAGACAAAGAUGCAGUCCUUCCUGAAAUUACCCCAAGACGGCAACGAUCUUUUGGAUGAUGCGGAAUCUGCUUUCUUGAAAAUGUCGAUAACGAAGAGGAGCAACUCUUCUUCUGGCUCUACAGUCAUCAACGAGAAUGAUCGGGAAAGCUUAUUGGCUGGUUCUGUGACUAGUUCAAAACAUGAACGGGCAUUCACCCCAACUUUAUCCAACGGAACAAGGAACGCAUCAAUUCAGAAACACCAGCUAGACCCGCUGGACAUAGAUGCUCCUGCAUCCGACAUACUCCAGAUGCAAGAUGUCAAACUAUCAACGAAGCCUGAGGACCAUGGGGUGAAUAAAUCUCUGACAAUGCGACAUCGGAAUAACACAGGGGACAUGGAGACGCCAUCCGCACUUGGAGAUGGGCCAACAAAUGGCUCUCUUAUAACGUUUAUCAAUUCCACUGCCAUUAAUACAUCUGUUAACGCAAAGGAAACCGUCAGUCAUUCGAAGCAAACAGUUAGCAGGAAGCCCGUUGCCGUGGCAUCAUCAAGCAACUACGGGACAACGGUGAGAGAUGAUAGGGUUAAGAAAGCCGUGGAGUAUGAGUUAGCCAUGCCUCAUGACCGUGAAAGAAACAUGAUGAAAACCAGAGAUAGCCUCGCCAGGGGCGAUGGUCCACCCGUAAUGUCCUCCGCAUCCCGUGGGAGGUCUCCAUCGACCCGGCAGCCGAGAGAGCAUGACAGUGCCUCAACGUUCAAUGGCACUGUGAAUAAACCGAUUAGAAGCCGGCACGCCCGAUUAAACAGGCUCACAGGAAAAACAUACAAGAAAGGAAUAAUGUACCAGAAGAAGUAUGAAUCAACAGGACGGGGGAGUAAGUACAAAAGACCGAAUAGCGACAAUGUCGACGUUAAGAAAGAACAGCUCAACAAUCUGAUGGCUCCUGACUCUAAAGAUGAUUUCAGAAGUUCCGAUUUGGCAAAGAGCUCCUUGGCUACAGAGGAUACAUAUUCUACUGUUGAUUUGAAAACGCGCUCGCAUGACGUGGGAAACGGCACACAGCAUUUCCCAACUGCUACGCCAUUAGCAGCCAGAAAUGAUUCAAUGGGAAAGUCUGGCUCCAAGUUGACUCACGUAAUCAAAGGCAGUUCGUAUAAUGACGUCUUUGGAAAAUUGCAUGUUCCCUCGGUUCCACGAGCAAAGGGACAGCUUAGCAUGGAAGAAACGCCGUGUGACGCAGGCAUUUGUCAACAGGACGGAGUCUGCAUACAGAAAGAGACUGGAUUCUUCUGUAAAUGCCCCGUUCUCUACUACGGCCGCUUCUGCGAAUUGUCCAAAAUUGACAUGUCGGGUCUCAACGCGACCAAAACAUCCAUAACCGUUAAAUGGGGUGUUCGAAACGUCUCCAGUCGGGCCAAUUACACGGUGAAGGUCUCUGAUGAGGCUCUACUCCGCGCUGUACAUGUCGGAGAUGACGUUGAUAUGUAUACAUUUGACGGAUUGAAGCCCGGUCGAAUGUACAAUACGUGCGUAUCUGUUCACGUUCACAACAGCACUCAAAAGAUUAAAGACGGAGAGCCUCCAGCCGGAACAUUCUGUAUUAACGUACAAACUGAGAAAGAGAACGAUUUGUUUUACCGACCUCUGUAUGCUAUCCACAUCUUUGCGGUAACUGCCACAGUAUUUCUCGCCAUUAUGGUGUUUGUAACACUCUUGACGAUCUUUCAGACCAGGCGAUACUCGCUUCUCAUCGACCAGGUCCUUUACGAUGAUACUAUUGUUAUUUGAGUUCUGUUGUUUCACUGCCUGUCACAGUGAGUGCAUGAUUUUAAAGGCAUUCGAUGUAGUUUUAGGGAUGCGAAACAAACAUAUUC